AUGACUAAUGAUUGUGUUGAGGAAAUUAUAACGGAAAAAGAGAAGCAAAAAAUGUUGUCUCGAGAUACAAUUUCAAAGUACUUUUACAUGCCAAUAAUUCAAGCAGCCAAGGAACUUAAUAUUGGGGUGACAUUUUUGAAGAAAAGAUGUAGGGAUUUGGGAAUUCGAAGGUGGCCACAUAGGAAGUUAAUGAGUCUUCAAACACUAAUCAAGAAUGUUAAGAUUUAUUCUCUAUAUAAACAUGUAACCCUUGUUUCGGUUAUGAAUAUUUACGGGGAAUUGAAGGGGGGAGGAAAUGGUAUGGAACAAAAGUGGAAGGAUGUGAUAAAUUCAUUAGAGGAAGAGAAGAAAAGGAUGGAAGAAAUUCCGGACAUGGAACUUGAGGAGAAAACAAAGAGAUUAAGGCAAUAUUGUUUCGGGGCUAACUUCAAGAGGAGAAGGCUUAUGGGUAUGGAGAAUUGCGGGCUUCUUUUG